GGGGGACGAGGAUGCGCUCUCCAUUGGCUGCUACGCGCGCUCGUCCCGCCCGCUCGCCGAUCAUUCAAUAAACUUUCUCCCGGCUGCAGCUGCCUUGGUCGGGCAAAACAGCUGCAGCGACGCGCAGGUUGCGGGCUGCAAGAGGGAGAGCGCCCAAGGAGCGCCUGGAUGCGCGUGUGCCUAUAAAGGGCUGGAGAGGAGCGCUGCUGCUGCUGCGGCAGGGAGAAUGGUGAGGGUUAGGAGGAGGAAGAUGGCACCGCCGCCGCCUCUAGCUGCCCUUUGAGCUCUUCGAGGGAGGAAGGAGACCUCGACCCCACGCCCCUUCGACGGGCCGCCUCUGUCCCCGGGGAGAACCCAACGCCAGGUGUCUAUGGAUGUGCAGCGGAAGAAGAAAUGGACCAACCUCACAAUUGGCCUCAUAUUCCUGUCGGGAGGGAUUGAAUACGCUGUGAUCCUGCCAACCCUUUGGGCUUACCUGCAAACUCUCAAUGCUGAGCCAUACUACCUGGGCCUGGGCAUCUCUGCCUUUAGCUUUGCCGGGCUGAUCACAGGCCCGCUGUUUGGAUAUUGGUCUGACCGUACCUAUAAAACCAAGGCCAUCAUCCUCUUCGCCAACUUGUUUCAGAUAGCAGGGAACUUCAUGUACUUUGUCGGUGGUUCCAAAUGGAUGCUUCUGAGUGGUCGGCUGGUGGCAGGUGUGGGCACGGGAGCCGGAGCAUCCAUCUUUGGCUACAUCACCCGAACCACCACGUCCCAGGAGCGUGCCACGGUGUUUGCGGCUGUCAUGGCAUGCCGGCAGGUCGGGCUACUCAUCGGGCCAGCUUGCAACCUGUUCCUGCGCCUCUGUAACUUCCAGAUGGGGCCCUUCGUGGUCAACAAGUUCACAUCACCUGGGCUCUUCAUGUGCGUGGUGUGGCUUUUGCUGCAGAUCGUUGUUGCGACGCUGUACUAUGACCUGCUGCCGCCGCCAUUGGUGGACCCCUCGAAGGCCCCGGCGGCGGCUGUGCGGGACGCUGUGGAAGAGGAGGAGCAGAAGCCUCUUGUGCAACACGAGGAGGCAGCGGAGAGCAGCAGCAGCUACGGCAGCACCUCCGCGGAGCGCCGGGAAGCUGUGUCGGGAGACGAGGGUCGGUAUGUGCCCAAUGGGCACUUGGCUGAUGAAGAAGCCUCUUUGGAGAAGACUCCCGCCUACAAUUUCAGCUCCAUGACAGAGUACCUGAGGGAAGAGGUGGUGGUUCUGCUGACAGCCCAGUUCAUUACGCUCUUCAACCAAACCGCCCUAGAGACAAUGGUGACCCCAAUCACCCAGCAGUUCUUGAAUUUUGGGGAGCUGGAGAACAGCAUCAUGUAUUUCAUCUGCGGUGUGGAGGUCAUUGCUGGCUUCUUCCUGGUGCGCUGCCUGAGCACUCGCCUGUCUGACCGCGUCCUCUUGGUCCUUGGCCUGGUCAUCUGCAACAUAGCCUGCGCUUGGUGUCUGUUCUUCCUGGUACGGCCCCGAGGUACCUUUGCCAUUCUCCUUACAGAGCUGGUGGUGGGCGUUUUCCUGCAAGUCUUGGGCCUUCCCUUUGUUGCAGUCUCCCAAGUGUCGCUCUUUUCCAAAGUCACGGCCGAGAGAACGCAAGGGUUCAGUCAGGGUCUCCGUCGCUCUGUAGGGGGCGUGGCCACCAUCCUUGGGCCUCUGUGGGCUGGAGGCUUGACCAACCGCUUGGACAUCAUGUUGGGGGUGAUGAUGGGUCUGCUGAGUCUCCUCACGAUCAUGGUGGGGAUCUCAUAUACAUACCUGGUGGAGCCGCCCAGAAGAUGUGUGUCAUCGCAAACAUCUGAAGAUGAAUGCAGCUCAUGACAGCGCCGUCGGAUGGAGGUGCUUCUGAAGGAACAGAGAAAGUCCUGCUCACCCAGGUGAGAGCACAUGUCUCCACCACCACCACCACCCUGGUCUGAUGGUUGAGCAUAUGGCUUCUCAAACUCCAGUAGGCAAGUGAGGCCUGGAGAAGCUGGCGAUGGAGUCUUCCUGCAAGGAGAUGCAGAA